GGACACGCAGUGCGCGGAACCGAAGAAGGAGCGGCGAAGGUGGUGGCCGGGCCGCGGGGGUGGGAGUCCGCGCGGGGCUCCAGGUAAACCAAGCGCCGCGUAGUGCCGAGCCCGCCGCCAGCCGCCGAGCCAUGGAGAUCGGCACCGAAAUCAGCCGCAAGAUCCGGAGUGCCAUUAAGGGGAAAUUGCAAGAAUUAGGAGCUUAUGUUGACGAAGAACUUCCUGAUUACAUUAUGGUGAUGGUGGCCAACAAGAAAAGUCAGGACCAAAUGACAGAGGACCUGUCCCUGUUUCUAGGGAACAACACAAUUCGAUUCACCGUAUGGCUUCAUGGUGUAUUAGAUAAACUUCGCUCUGUUACAACUGAACCCUCUAGUCUAAAGUCUUCUGAUACCAACAUCUUUGAUACUAAUGUGCCUUCAAACAAAAGCAGUUUCGGUCGGGGAGAUGAGAGACGGCAUGAAGCUGCAGUGCCGCCUCUUGCAGUUACAAGCACUAGACCUGAAAAAAGGGAUUCCAGACUUUCCACAAGUUCACAGGAGCAGAAAACCACUAAUGUUAGACAGACUUACGAUGAUGGAGCUGCAACCCGACUAAUGUCAACCGUGAAACCUCUGAGGGAGCCAGCACCUUCGGAAGAUGUGAUUGAUAUUAAGCCAGAACCGGAUGAUCUCAUUGAUGAAGACCUCAAUUUUGUGCAGGAGAAUCCCUUAUCUCAGAAAAAGCCUACAGUGACAGUUACAUAUGGUUCUUCUCGCCCUUCUAUUGAAAUUUACAGGCCACCUGCUAGUCGAAAUGCAGAUAGUGGUGCUCAUUUAAAUAGGUUGCAGUUCCAGCAGCAGCAAAACAGUAUGCACGCUUCCAAACAGCUUGAUGUACAGAAUAGCCGGGUAUAUGAAACAGGACGCUUGUGUGAACCAGAAGUGCCUGAUAGCUUAGAGGAGACUUACAGUCCCUUCUUCAGAAACAGCUCGGAAAAAAUGGAUAUUGAGGAAGAAAACUUUCGGAAGAGAAAGUUGCCUGUGGUAAGUUCAGUUAUUAAAGUAAAAAAAUUCAAUCAUGAUGGAGAAGAAGAGGAAGAAGAUGAUGAUUAUGGUUCCCGGACAGCAAGUGUCUCAAGCAGUGUGUCAGUGCCAGCAAAACCUGAAAGGAGACCUUCACUUCCACCUUCAAAACAAGCUAACAAGAAUCUAAUUUUGAAGGCCAUCUCUGAAGCUCAAGAAUCUGUAACAAAAACAACAAACUAUUCUACAGUUCCACAGAAACAGACACUUCCAGUUGCUCCGAGAACUCGAACUUCUCAAGAAGAAUUGCUGGCAGAAGUGAUCCAGGGGCAAAGCAGGACCCCCAGAAUAAGUCCCCCCAUUAUAGAAGAGGAAACAAAAGGAGAUAAUAUAGAAAAAAGUCAAGGAGCUCAACCGAGACAAUUGUUUUCCCGACUGCAGAUUGACCCAGUAAUGGCAGAAACUCUGCAGAUCAGUCAAGAUUACUAUGACAUGGAAUCCAUGGUCCAUGCAGACACAAGAUCAUUUAUUCUGAAGAAGCCAAAGCUGUCUGAGGAAAUAGUAGUGGCAACAAACCAAGAUUCGGGGAUGAAGACUGCAGAUACCCUUCGGGUACUAUCAGGACACCUUAUGCAGACACGAGAUCUUGUACAACCAGAUAAACCUGCAAGUCCCAAGUUUAUAGUGACGCUGGAUGGUGUCCCCAGUCCCCCAGGAUACAUGUCAGAUCAAGAGGAGGACAUGUGCUUUGAAGGAAUGAAACCUGUAAACCAAACUGCAGCCUCAAACAAGGGACUCAAAGGUCUCCUCCACCCACAGCAGUUGCAGUUGAUGAGCAGGCAGCUUGAUGACCCAAAUGGUAGUUUCUCAAACGCUGAGAUGAGUGAAUUAAGUGUGGCACAAAAACCAGAAAAACUUUUGGAGCGCUGCAAGUACUGGCCUGCCUGUAAAAAUGGGGAUGAGUGUGCUUACCAUCAUCCCGUUUCACCUUGCAAAGCCUUUCCCAAUUGUAAAUUUGCUGAAAAAUGUUUGUUUGUUCAUCCAAAUUGUAAAUAUGAUGCAAAAUGUACAAAACCAGAUUGUCCUUUCACUCAUAUGAGUAGAAGAAUCCCAGUACUGCCUCCAAAACCAGCAGUUGCAACACCAGCAUCACCUUCUAGUAGUCAGCUCUGCCGUUACUUCCCUGCUUGUAAGAAAAUGGAAUGUCCCUUCUAUCAUCCAAAACAUUGUAGAUUUAACACUCAAUGUACAAGACCUGACUGUACAUUUUACCAUCCCACCAUUACGGUACCACCACGACAUGCCUUGAAAUGGAUUCGACCUCAAACCAGUGAAUGAUACCCAGUCCUACCUGGCAGAAGAUCAUGGAUUUGAAAGUCUCCAUCUACUGAUGAAAGAUAUUCUACAGAACUUGUCAAAUCUUUGAAACUUGGAAUAUAUUGCUUUCAUAAUAUGAAGUUUAUUGCCUACUUGAAGUGUCUAAUUUUUCAAGUUUGUAAGUUUAUUAAGUGGUUUUAACAUUGGGUAUGGUUUUCUUUGUUUUGUUUUGACUAAUGAAAAGACAGUUUAAGGAAAAGCUAAAUUCGAUUAAAACAUUUGAGGCAUGUUUGUACACUGCUGUUUUAAGUAUGAGCAUUUAUAGUGUGGUUGAUUUCAUUGUUAUUAAUGGUAGUACAGGUUAGGGCUCCAUCGUUACAUGUAAAUACAGAUGUGGGGAAGAGGAGUGUCCUUAUUGUAAAUACUGGAUUGCUGCUUUUAGUUUUCCCAAAGAUCUAAUUUUCAUAAUCUACUGUGAAAACAGGAGAAUGGACAAAAGUGUGAGAUGGCUUAUAAUAGUCAUUAAUUUCUGCUUUUUAAAUUUCUAAGUGAAUUUAGUUCGACAAGCAUGAUAAUACAGGCCUCUCGGGUUGAGUGCCUCUGUGGUAAAAUGGUAAAAUAGUCCUCCUGGGAAAGGACUAGUGAGAUGGUUGUGUAGAGUGAAAACAGUUGGUAUGGCAAGUGCAAAAAAUAUUAAUAAUUCCUUAAAUGCUUUCAGUUACUAUUAACAUAUACUUUUUAAAUAAAUAUUUUGGGGAACUACAUUAUCACAAAAUUAUACAAAAUUUUUUACAAGUAUAUACAUAAGGUUUCAGAAAACAUUCACAAGAUUAUAGCUAUACAUAUAUUCACAUUCUGAAAAAUAACAUUCUUGAAAAUAACUUCACAGAAAAUAGUUAUUACUGAAGAAAAUUUUUGCAAUGUAAAAAUUAGAUUUGAAUAGUAUAUUUUAAAUGACAGCUAUGUAAUUACAGAGAUCAGAUGGGUAAACUGCAAAAUGGGACUAAACUUUUGAACUGUUGAGUUAUACAGUUUUUCUGUGUGUGGUCUCGAUAAUUGUUAAGGCAAGAAGUGUCAGGUGCUUUAGAAUUAAAUAACAAAUGGAUCACUGAAUUUAAAGACUUGAUGUACAGUAGUUUUGUUUUAAAUUAAAGCUAAAAGGUGGUUAGAAAAUGAACAAAUUAAUGGCAGAAGGGAAAAUAUUGACUCAGACAUUUUCAGAACCAGAUUAAACUAGCUCUGUAAAAAAGUUCAUUGACUUGCUUAGGCAUAUACACAAGGAAUAAUAAAACCACAUGUAUAAAGGAAAGUUCAUGUUUAAGAGCGUAAAACCAGCAGUCUACUUUUUUGUGGCCAUUACUUUUCCAAUAGGGGAAGAAAGAUCUAACCAGUUAUUAAACCAUUUUGUACAUUGUACUUUGCCAUGCUGAGCAGAAAGUAAAAACUUGAAACAUUAGAAAAGCAAAGUGAAAGCACACAAUAGCAUGUCAUUAGGCAUGGGUAAAAUGGAUUCCAUUUCAUUCUAAAAAGUUUACAUUGUUGAAUUAAGGCAUUUGAUCAUUCCAAAGUUACUAAACUGAGAUGCUUUAUAUCUCUGCAGAAGCAAUUUGUUUUAAAUUGUUUAAAAAUUUCUGGAAAUAGACUUUUAUCAUUAUUUAUAAGUGGUAUAUAGUUGCACUAUAUAACAAACAUAAGUGGAAACAAGGGCUUAAGUGGUUUUAGUCCAGCCACAUUACAUAAAGGAAAUAACAUACUAAACUCUGAUAAGUUUUUGCUCUUUAAUAGAAGACACAUUUAAAUGUUUCAUCUUAACAUUUUGGUUGCUAUGUUUUAUGGGCAAGCUAAAGUUGACCCUAAAAUGUGUUGGAUAAUUUGGUCUAAAAUGAACCACCAUAAAAAAAGGAGCACAAAAAGAGGGAAGGGAAUGAGCGUGGUUGGCAGUACACAGCAGGUGGUCCCCGUGUGCACAGUCUGUUUUGGUGUGCACCUACAUACGUAAAACAAACAGGACUCAAGGUAACAGGAGAAGUUUCCAUUUACAAAUUUAGAAGCUUAAUCAGAUACUGCACACAAAAUAAUUCUUUGGGUUAAAAAAAUAAGUACAGGCCAGAAUCUAUAUGACCUAUCACAUCUAUUAAUCUUCUUUUGGCUAACAGCUCAUACAAGCAAGGUGGUCAUGGGACCAAUUACUAAAUGUCACCAUGAUGAUUGCAACAGAAAUGCAACAGGACCAAUUUUAUUCUAUGUAGUUUACUUGCUUGUGGUUAUAGUUGUAGUUUCUGCCUUCAUUGUAAUGGAAAGGAGAUUUCUCUUUAGCAAAAAGCUGGCAUACUUGACCCUGAAGGAAAUUUUAAAACAGUAACUGGCUCAAAAAUGAUUAUUUUUCUUUGCAUGGGAGGGUAGUUCAGGAGAAUUUUUUCCCUUUGAUUUAUUGACUGCCUAUUUAUGAUAUACAUGAAUGGAGAUUUAAUAUUAACAUCUUUUAAAAUUCGGCUUAAUUUAGGAGGAUCCAUUUAUUUGAAGAAUGUAAGAAUACUAUCUUACAUUUCAAGCUUCUUAACACCUUCAGACACAGCAACUGGAGCUUUAAAACUGACAGGGUUCAGUUACUGGUUAGAUUUUCUAUGAUAUAAUUCAGUGAUUUCUGUUUUUAGUAUUCACAAGGCAUUGAAUAUAGAAAAUAGAUAUUAGGAAUCUUUGUGUGCCUUGUCAAAACAAAUUUCCAGAAACCUGAGUGUGUGUGUGUGUGUAUGUAUGGGGGGGGGUGUCUAUCAAUCAUGCUACAAAGAUAAUUAACACAAUAAAAUAAAUGCUUAUAGGGCCAGGAGAACAUCUUAAACUUCUUCACACUUAGAAAAAUAUAUUUUUUAAUAGCAGUCAGUAUAACUUUCAGUCUUCAGGAAACUAUAGAUAAGUGAAACAGCAAAUUCCUGAAUGGCUAGUACUGAUCUUUGGCAACAUUUAUGGUGAAUACGAAUAAGGAUCUAAGAGUUCAGCCCCAGUCCACCAAAAAAUAAUUUUAAUUGACAAGUUUCACAAAUGGAGCUGCAUUCAUUUUAGGAAUCAGCCUAUGGGAUGGCAUACAUCUCACAGAACUAUUUUUUUUUCCGAUAGAAAAAAGCUAUAAAAAUUUUAUUACAAGUGUUAUUAAAUUUUGACUUUGUAAAUGUGUGAACUUAACCUUUUAAACAAAUGUUUAUAUUAGUCUAAAUAUCUUUACAUAUUCAGUAUUCUCUUCCAUUUAAAUACUAUUGUUAUCUAAAACCUUAAACUGUAUACCAUUGGAAAUGAUUAUUCAUAGGACUUUUCCAUUAAUUAAGCUACAAUCCUAUUUUAAUUUUUUCAGUUUUAGAGGUGGCUCAAAAAUGAAAACACAGUGAUCACAAACAACUAACUUUGGAUCUGUUCCUGAAUUCAGAACUUCCAGGAAAAAAAUGUUCUUUAUGAAAAGGGCUUUAUUACUAUUUAAAAAGCAUGGUAUUCUCCAGUAAAGCUUGCAUUUGUUCCCUUAUGGAAAUAAUGUUUGCCUUUUAAAAACUGGGAUCCUUUGGGGUGAUGAUGGUGUUUUUUUUUUUGUUAACGUAAGGAUAAAUUAUUUCAUUACACAGUGAACCAUGAAAAUACUAGAAGUGCUGAAAGAAACAGUUUUGCUAAAAGGGAGAUGAGAAAUUACCCAAGUUGGGUUUUUAAGUUUGUUUUUUGAAGAGUGCUGUCCCCUAAAUCUCCCCUGGUCUGCCAAAUCUGUACUCCCCAAAAAGGGGGCAUGGAGAGGGGCAGCUGGCUUUUAUCAUCAAGUAUGUACUCAGUCCUUUGAAAUUUAAUUAUCUGGCAGUGUAUGGAGUGUGUACAGUUAUCCAGUUUGUAUAGCAAAUAUUUUGAAAUUAUAAAUCUUCUAUUUUGAUGA